AAAUUACUAGACGAACAAAGCAUCCGAAAUAGUUACAUGCCCCAAAAGGCCCUUCGAGACACACACACGCGAAGAUUCUACAAAACGUGCGAAACCAUCUUCACAAACAAAAUGGCCGCCGAGGAAAUACUUAAAGAGAUACGACAGUUCCACGAAAACUGUAAACUGUAUUUACAAAACGAAUCUAUGGAUUUCGAGGCGAGUAAAUGCUUUAGGAGAAGCUACCAGAAGGAAUUCUUGGGGGUUGUGACGAUGAUAUUGAAUAAACACGCGCACGGGACGUAUAAGUUUACGGCGGAGAUGACGUCGUUGAUCCUAGAAAAGAUCGUAGGGGAAUCAGAUGACAACAAAUUAGACAUAUCGAAAUUGCUGCAGUUCCUCAAGAAAGCGUUGACUAAGCAUAAGACGGUGGCGCACGCUGAGGUCAUCAGCCUCCAGUCCAAACACUGCCUGUCCACGAGUGUGCCGGGCUGUUACUGUAGGUCCGGAUUCGUCGAGCAUUCCGGCCAGUGCGUGCAACCUAACGACUGUUUGACGGAAGGAGAUUUAAAAUACAUAUCCCGAGUAAAUAUAUUAUAGUAUACAUAAGACAAUUUUACACGAAUAAUCAAUAAAAACUUAAGACA